AACUUGUGUAACUAGUGAUAGGUCUGUACAUAGGCGCCGCCACCGCUGGGAUCUUCAUGGUGAAUCCCGCUUCCCUCGGCCUCCUCGCUGUUGACGCAGCUUGCGUCGUCCGAUCUGGUGUUGCUUCUGCAAAUACGACAUCAUGAUGAGAAUGUGGAUGAUGCGGCAGUGCAAACGCCCAUCAAUGCUCUAUUGAUCCUAUAAUGUCAGUGGUUUGAACAGGUACGUGUUGUACUAAUUUUGUGACCGUACACUUUCAGUACCAAUACAAUAGCCUUAAAAAAGAUUAUGUUCCAAGAAUAUAUAGUUCAGAAAAAAGCAUAUGCUCAUAUGGCCACCACACACAUGUAUUAAAUCAAGUAUUAAUUAUGUAUUUAGGCUUUGCUCCAAGCACAGCUGUUCAGUACAGAUAACGCCCUUUUGGGACCCUGAGAACUAAAAUCUGCAUCCUCCUCCAGUUUCCUGUAAUAACCCUUUGAAGAAAGAAUGAGAGAAAAUAAUUGAGCUCCUUGUGAAUUCAUAUCAUGUAGAGAAAUAAAUGCAGUAGUUAGUGCAUGAUUGAUUCAAGCGCCCCAGUAAUAAUAAUAUUUUUCUCUGGCCAGAGACAGGACAUAUGAACAUGAUUGUACAUUUCUAACUGCAAGUUGGGAGUAGUUGAUGAUAUUUAAUCAUCAGUUGGGGAGUCGGGUCUCUCUCUAAAAAGCUACUCCCUCCGUCCCAAAAUUCUUGUCUAACAUUUGUCUAGAUAAGGAUGGAUCUAACACUAAAACAUGACUAGAUACAUCCAUAUUUGGACAAAUCUAAGACAAGAAUUUUGGGACGGAGGGAGUAUAAGCGAUAUAAAACCGUCAAGUCCUUCUUUGAAAAUACACAAAUUAUAUAUAAGCCAUUGAUUCCAACUUUACAUGUGGGAGUCCCCCCGCAAAAAUAAAAUAAACUUUACAUGUGGGAGGGCCUUCUGUUCCAGCUACGACUAGUAAUUGUGCGACGACUAGUAAUUGACAAUACAAAGGAACAGCCGAUUGAUUGACCGAGCAAGCACAGUCGUCAUCGAUAGUUAUGGCAGCAAAACACAUGGUGUCCAUGUCUGUGAAGGACGUAGCCGUAAUGGAGUUACUUAAUUGUAUAUAUCUAAAUAGAUCACAUCCGGUAUAUUUUUGUAAAUGUAAGUAAAGCAAUGAUAUUUGUUAUACCAUCUUGAUAACUAUAUCAAACAGAUCACGACCAAUUGAUCUUCACAAUUGUACUUAAACAUGUCUUACCUAGACCAUUACGAUUGUAUCUAUACAGAUUAUAGGCGUCAGAUCGUCAUAGUUUUAUGUAAGCAGUCUGUACUGCAAUCUCGCAUACAGAUCUAUUCUUGUACUUAUAAAAUACAGCGGUUGGUGAAUGAUUGAUUCGAGCUUGCUAAUAAUACAAUUCAAAGACAAAAAGAAUAAGUAGGUAUGAAGGCGGCUGUACAUUUGCUAAUGCAAGUUGGGAAUGUUUAACUAUGUAUCAGGCGAAGAAGAUAGGAAGUUGCCGAGUCUUGUCUGGUCACACAAAAUAUAAUUUGGCAUGAAGCUUAAGGUAGAUAUAAAAUUGACCAGGCAGUGCUAGUCUUGUCUGGUCACACACAGUGUAGGGAAACGAUUCCAAGUAAACAUGUGGGCGGGCGCUCAGUUCCAGCUGCCUACCGUACAUUGAACCCUGACUUGGUAAUAUACUGGGGCUGUGGGACGAUAUAUACUCAAGCCAGAGCCCAUCCAUUUGAUAGCAAAUUAAGCAAAUAGAUCCCAUGGCCAUCGAGGAGGUAGAGCAGCAGCCGCAGAAGCAGGGCCAGGGCAAUGAAGACGAAGACUCAAAGCUGUACGAGUUCAAGGAGCAGCUCCUGCUCCUGUCGACUUUGGUGGCGACGGUGACGUACGUCGCCGGGCUGAACCUGCCCGGGGGAUCCUGGGAGCAGGAUGACCCGGGAGGGCACAUGGCUGGGGAUCCGAUCCUACUGGCUACCCACUACCGCCGGUACCUUGCCUUCUACUACUGCAACGCCACUGCACUCGCCACGUCUCUCGUGGUCUCCAUCAUCCUUGUCAUCCUGCCGAAGCACAUCAUGACGCAGAAGAGCAAACACUGUACCGUGGUGCUGCAGAUGGUCAUGGUGCUCGACCUACUAGGCCUCAUGGGCGCCUAUGGUGCCGGGAGCUGCCGGGAUGCAUUUACAACCAUCUAUGCGGUGGCCGCCUUCUCCUUUUCGGUAUUGGUCAUCAUCUCUGUUUUCCUUUCCUCUUUCACCAAGGACAAUAGGGAUGGUGCCGUCAGUGGCUCGAAUUCCAAUGGUGGUGUUAACAAGGUCAACUCCAAGUCCUUCCGUAACUUGGUGAAGCUAACCAAGGAGAUCGGUGUGGUGAUGUUUAUCAAAAAGCUGGUCAAGGUCAAGGACCGAGGUGAGAAGGAGAUGGUCAAGGACCGAGGUGAGAAGGAGAUGGUCAAGGACCGAGGUGAGAAGGAGAUGGUCAAGGACCGAGAUGAGAAGGAGAUGGUCGAUGUGUUGAUGUUACUAGCAACCUUUGCAGUCACAAUCACAUACGUCGCCGGGCUGAGCCCGCCUGGUGGGUUCUGGACCAGCACCCAGGACGGCCAUCGUUUGAGCGACCCGGUGUUACAGGCCCGUAACCGGUACCGUGUCUUCUUCAUUUGCAACACCACUUCAUUCGCCAUGUCCCUGCUCAUCAUUGUGUUGCUCCUGGAGAAGAAGCUGCUCGGGAAGAAGAAGUUGAGGCUUUUGGCGCUCUGCGGGUUGAUUGUUGUCGCCCUGCUGGGCCUCAUGGGGGCCUAUGCUGCUGGGAGCUGCAGAGAGGCUAGCAAAACUGUCUUGGUCCUUGCUGUUCCUGUUGGCGUAUGCCUGCUUCUGGCGCUUGUUUUCAGUUGGGGAUCACUGGCGGAUCAGCUUGAUUCUGUCUUAACACGGUUCAGGGAACUGGUCAAGGUUCCUUCAGGUACAUGUACAGGCACGAAUGUUGACCUACAUGAACAGAACACUCGCGAUCUUGUUAUGCUCCUUGCUACUCUUGUGGUGACCAUCACUUACCAAGCAGGACUAGAUCCACCUGGCGGCCUUUGGCUAGAUGACGGAGAUGGUCAUAAUAUCGGUCACCCGGUGCUCCAAACGACACAUCCUACUAGGUACAGAGUGUUCUUCUAUAGUAACUCGGCAGCUUUCGUCACAUCCUUGGUCGUCAUCAUGAUGCUCCAGAGCAAGUUUCUGCUCAACCGGCACACACUAGAAGCAACCCUGGUGCUCGACCUAUUCGGCCUCAUCACUGCCUAUGGCGCCGGGAGCACUAGGGAGGUAACCCAAUCCAUCUACAUCGUCGCCUUGGCAGGAAUUGUCCUAGUCUAUGUCAUCGUCCAUAUCACCAUUAGAGAUCAUGACCCUGAGCCAGUGGGUGAUCAUGCAGUAAAGCAUCUCGAUGACAAGCGCAAGGUACUGUUGCUGGUCGCUAUCUUGGCCGCCACCCUCACAUACCAAGCUGGCCUCACCCCGCCAGGUGGCUUCUGGUUAGCAGAUGACCGAGAGCUCGGUCGCCGUGCGGGUUUCCCAAUCCUCCUUGACAAUUACACUCGCCGUUACAACACAUUCUUCUACUGCAACGCGGCGAGCUUCAUGGCGUCUGUAACCCUCAUCCUUCUUCUUGUCAAUCCAAAGCUAUACAGGCCAGGCAUACGCUGCCGUGCCCUCUAUGUGUGCAUGCUGGUGGGCAUGUUUGGCCUCAUGGGUGCCUACGCUGCUGGAAGCUCCCGGAAUCUCAAGACCUCCGUCUAUGUAUUGAUCUUGGUUGGUGCAGUGCUAGCCUUCAUAGCCUCGCUGCUAGCCAUUUUCUUGUUGGUGCCUUAUCUCAAAUCCCAAGGAUGUAGAGUUUUCUGCUUCGUCCCUUUUGGCCAAUCUCAAAAAGGUACAGAAAUGCAAGUUGAAGCAGGUCAUAGCAGCAGCAAAUCCCAUGAAGGUACAGAUGAGCAACUUGAAGCAGGUCAUAGCAGCAGAAAAUCCCAUGAAGGUACAGAUGAGCAACUUGAAGCAGGUCAUAGCAGCAGAAAAUCCCAUGAAGGUACAGAUGAGCAACUUGAAGCAGGUCAUAGCAGCAACAAAUCCCAUGAAGUUACAGAUGGGAAAGUUGAAGCAGCUCAUAGCAGCGGCGACAAAAAUAGCAGCGAAAAGAAAGAAAAACUUCAAUACUUGAUGCUGCUAGGGAUCCUGGCUGCAAGUAUGACAUACCAGACUGGCCUAAAACCACCGGGUGGCCUAUGGCAGGACAACAAUGAUGGGCACUAUGCUGGCAACCCCAUUCUCCGUGACAUCAACAAGGACAGGUACAAUGCUUUCUUCUACAGCAACUCCGCCUCCUUCAUGGCCUCAAUUGUGGUCGUCGUCAUGCUGCUUCCAUUGACAUUGUUCCCUGAGAAAUACACAACAAAGUCAUCCAAGAAAGACACAAAGUCAACCGGCGAGGACACAAAGUCGCUCGACAAAAUCACGAAGCCGGCCAAGAAAGACCCGAAGCUGACCGAGAAAGACAAGGAGUCGCCCAAGAAAGACACAUGGCCACUCUGGCCGAUGCAUACUGCCAUUUUGCUGGACAUGAUGGGCCUCCUGGUGGCAUACGCAGCAGGCAGUACUAGGAAAUGGGAAACAUCCAGGAACAUCAUGGUCCUCAUCGUUCCUUUGUUGGCCUACAUUGGGCUCUACGCAGCACUGUCAGUCUUCCGCCAUAGAGAAGAGCCCACAGUCCCCCAACCUGCGGUGCAGCCGUUGAAUCAUUGCAAGACGUGUAGGAGGAACUGCGGGUGUGUAAAUUUGUAACCGAGUUUGGCUCAAGUGCAAGCAUCCUGUGUACAUUCCAGAUAUCGAGUUGAUUAUUCAUAUAUAUUUCAGCGUGAUGGCCAGUUGCAGCAUAACAGUAUAUGCAUCUUGUGUGCUGUAGCCCAUUGAAUUAAUACAGAGGCCCUUUUUGUGACAAAACUGGUAAUUCGCGGAGUGAACCUGAUGAAGCUUGGAAAGUCAAUGGCACAGCAGAGCAGUCGUAUUACAUCGACUUAAAUUUGUGGAACUUGGACAGUGACAUACGCAAUCCUCGUUCUUUGUUCACAAACAUGUACAGAAUAUAGUGGCGGCAAUGGAAGGAGAGAAACAACCAUCUCUAAAACAGAGCUGUGAGUAGUAGUAAACAAAUUGUGUCUGCACUCAGAAUUGCAAGUCAUCUCGUCAGCUUGAUCUUCAUUCCCAUGGUUUUCCCCAAGAACCGGUUGUCAUGUGGGCCAGCAGUUGCCACUUGUGAAUUCCUUGUAAGAUUUUAAACUGGAGUUGCAGCUUGCUACUUCGCCUCCGUCGCAUUGAAGCCCCCAAGAUCAGCCACUCUGUCAUCCGCAGCUGUAGCCUUGCACCAGAUGAGACGCCACCAGCAACUUGAGGGCCAAUUGCAGCAUAACAGUAUAUGCAUCUUGUGUGGUGGAGUUUAUCACAUUCUCCACUUCUUUUCCUCACCUGACAACAAAAAACAGAGCAUUAAUUAGCACAGUUCAUCGGCAGAUGCAUGUUUGCAAGCUGUCAGGUUCCUCCUGGGCGGGUCGUAACCGCUGGAUAGCUAUGCCCAUCUGUUUAGCUUGCAACUUGCUGCAGUUUCUUGAACAAUAAACAUGGUCCACUCUAACCACGAUGAUGGCAUACAUGAUAUAUAUAUGCCCCAAAUGACAACAUGGCGUGCAUAUAAUCGAAAACCGUAUCAAGACUUGUGAUUUGAA